AUGAAAACUGUGGCCCUCCUCUCCGGUGGCAAGGACAGCGUUAUGUCUGUGCUCAUGGCAAUUCGGCAUGGCCACACCCCUGUCGUCAUCGCGAACAUGGCGCCCGAGAAGGAGGUUCAUGAGGUCGACUCUUACAUGUAUCAGACGGUCGGCCAUGAGGCGAUCGAGGACCUCGCACGCUGCCUGGAGCUACCCCUCCGUCGCUCGACGGUGGUGCGCGGCCAGGCAAAGGAUCAGACCCUCCUCUACACCGACACACCUCCCGCGGACGACGAGGUCGAGGCGCUUUACCGCCUCCUCAAGACCAUCCUGGCAGAGUUCCCCGAGGUGCGCGGGGUGACCAGCGGCGCGAUCUUGUCGAAUUACCAACGUAACCGCGUUGAAUGCGUAUGCCGGAGAUUAGGCCUCGUUUCCCUGGCUUACCUCUGGCAUCAAAAGGCGGAGGAUGUGCUGGACAUGGCGGAGGUCCUGCGGGUGCGGGCUAUUAUCGUAAAGACGGCUUCAAUCGGUCUCGAUCCGCAGGCAAUCCUCGGAAAGACGCUCGUCGAAGCUCGUCCGGCUCUCGAAAAGGUGGCGAUCGAGUAUGGGACGCACAUGGCGGGUGAGGGGGGUGAGUUUGAGACCUUGGUACUUGAUUGCCCCCUCUUCAAGACACACUGUUUGCGUGUAAAGGAGCAGAGAUUGGUAAUGGUGGAUUCGAAUGCGUAUGCCCCAUCGGCCCAUCUCGUGCUUCGUGUCGAGCAAGUCGAAAAGACCGAGGAGGAGAGGCGCGCCGAUGCGGAAUUACUUCGCAAACUGCUCAACGGUGAGAUUUCUUUUCCCUCCGAUCGUACAACCUUUAUGACACGUGUUGUCGAAGGGGUUCUCCCUGCGUGGCAUCACUCAGAGCCUACCACCAUAACACAUUCCCCCCGGGUUGAUAGUGGUGUCGACAUGUAUGGGAGCAAAUCCUGUUCGCAACUUGUCUUGACAUCCUCGAUUAUACUGACCACGAACGAGGAGGUAGAAUGCGCGGUUCACGAGGUUUUAGAGCGCAUCCGCGCCUUGCUGGGGGAUGACCAAGCUUUGGUCCACGUAGUUGCCUACCUUCCCAAUCUCACCGAGUUCGAGAGUGCAUUUCGGGCAGCCUAUGAGGUCGCCAUCUCCCCGAUCGGACCACCUUGCCUUACCAUUCUUGGAAUUAGUAGGGAGGUCAGUACGUCCCUAUGGAUGGAGGUGAUGGCCAUACCUAAGCCUAGUUCAGGUGCCCAAACGCUUAGCAGGGAUGUGUUGCAUGCUCAAAGCCGUAGCAGUUGGGCCGCUGGGUCUGCCGGGCCAUAUGCCCAGGCAUGUCGCGUAACUUGGCGUGAUGGGUCCUCCCGAGUAAUGACCAGCGCGGCCUUGGGACUCGUUCCGGAAUCGUGGGAGCUUGCUGAGGCAUCCGACCUUGUUGAAAACUUCCCUGACAAUUUUGGUGCGCGCGCCAUGACUACUGUGACGAAAACAUUCAUUGCACAAUUCGUUUAUGCAGUUUGGAAUAUUAUCGGGUACGGAGCUGUUUAUCGGAAGAAUCUGCGCAUGUGCACGCACGUGACGGUUUAUGUGUGCACCACAGUGGUUGACAUGGUGGACGUGGCCACCUUGGUUCCUGCUCUGUGGGUGUGCUGUUCGGAGGAGGAGUGGAAAAAGGUAACGGGGCGUAUUCUUACAGUAGAGACGCUACCUCGCAAUGCUAUGGUACAGAUUUCGGUAGAAUUGUGUGAUGAGGCGGUGGUGUGA